ACGACUGAGGGUUUAAAGCUCAACUUGUCUCCAACAAACCUUAUAAUCGAUCAAGCAAUAAUCCAAAACAAAAACAAACUUACACCGCUUACGUGUUCUCCAAUGGUGAUCUUUUUCGCCGAUCAUUUCUUCAACUUGCAGAAACAUAAGAGAAGCAAUAAUCUGGUGCAGACUGGCUUAUCAUAACCAUGUUCGAAGCUCACGUUCUGCAUUUGCUUCGAAGAUAUUUGGGGGAAUAUGUCCAUGGACUUUCUGUGGAGGCUUUAAGAAUCAGUGUUUGGAAAGGUGAUGUGGUUUUGAAAGAUUUGAAUUUGAAGGCGGAGGCACUAAAUUCAUUAAAGCUUCCCGUGACUGUGAAAGCUGGUUUUGUUGGUACGAUAACAUUGAAGGUUCCGUGGAAAAGUUUAGGCAAGGAACCAGUAAUUGUUCUCAUUGAUCGUGUCUUCAUUCUUGCCCAUCCUGCUCCUGAUGGCCAGACUCUCAAGGAGGACUGGGAGAAACUUUUUGAAGCCAAACUUCAGCACAUUGAGGAAGCAGAAUCAGCAAUCCUAGAAGCAAAAUCAAGGUCAAAGCUUGGCAGUCCUCCUCCUGAAAAUUCAUGGUUGGGAUCUCUAAUUGCUACCAUAAUUGGAAAUCUAAAGAUAUCAAUUAGCAAUGUACAUAUUAGAUAUGAGGAUUCUUCCUUUUGUUUUUUCUUUCGUCCUGGUUGAUCUCUGCUUAUUUCAUGCAACAAUGUUGCAUUUUGCAGUAAUCCAGGGCAUCCAUUUGCAUCAGGUGUUACUUUGGCUAGGCUGGCAGCUGUUACAAUGGAUGAACAGGGAAAUGAAAUUUUUGAUACUAGUGGUGCUCUGGAUAAGUUGCGAAAGUCAUUACAUCUUGAGAGGCUUGCUCUGUAUCAUGAUUCUAAUAGCUUCCCCUGGAAGAUAGAUAAGAGAUGGGAAGAUCUCAGUCCCAAGGAGUGGAUUGAGAUAUUUGAAGACGGUAUUAAUGAACCUGCUGCUGAUUCUGGGAUGGUAUCUUCUUGGGCUUUGAAUCGCAAGUACUUGGUGUCACCUAUCAAUGGAGUGCUUCAAUAUCAUCGCCUUGGAAAUCAAGAAAGAAAUGAUCCAGACAUUCCUUUUGAGAAGGCUUCUCUUGUAUUGAGUGAUGUAUCAUUAACUAUUACAGAGGAGCAAUAUCAUGAUUGGAUAAAACUGUUAGAAGUGUUUUCAAGGCACAGGACAUAUGUGGAAAUUUCGCACUUAAGGCCUCUGUUGCCAGUUUCAGAGGGUCCUCAUUUGUGGUGGCGUUAUGCUGUUCAAGCUGCCCUUCAGCAAAAGAAAAUGUGCUAUCGCUUCUCGUGGGACAGAAUUCAGCAUCUCUGUCAGCUUCGUCGUCGUUAUGUUCAGUUAUAUGCUUGCUCCUUGCAACAAUCAUCAACUGUUGAUAACUCAGAGAUUAGAGAAAUAGAGAAAGAUCUUGAUUCCAAAGUAAUUCUGUUAUGGAGGUUACUUGCACAUGCCAAGCUUGAAUCAGUAAAAUCAAAAGAAGAAGCUGAACAGAGGCGGCUUAAAAAGAAAAGUUGGUUUCCAUUUACAUGGCUUGCGAACUCAGAGGAUGCCUCUGUUGGGGAAGGUUCUAAGGAAUCACCGUCAGUGGAAGAAAGUCUGACCAAUGAAGAAUGGCAGACAAUAAAUAAGUUGCUAAGUUACCAGCCGGGUGAGGAGUUGAUGUCGCAUUCAGGAAAGGACAUGCAGAAUAUGAUUAAGUAUUUGGUCACUGUAUCUAUAGGUCAGGCUGCAGCAAGGAUAAUGAGUAUCAAUGAGACCGAAAUUCUUUGUGGUCGGUUUGAGCAACUUCAUGUUUCAACCAAGUUCAAACAACGUAGUACCCACUGUGAUAUAUUAUUGAAAUUCUAUGGCUUAUCUUCACCUGAAGGUUCACUUGCUGAGAGUGUCUCCAGUGAGAAGAAGGUAAAUGCAUUAGCUGCUAGUUUUGUGCAUUCACCAGUUGGGGAGAAUGUUGAUUGGAGGCUAUCAGCUACAAUUUCCCCCUGCCAUGUCACAGUUUUGAUGGAAAGUUUUGAUCGGUUUUUUGAGUUUAUAAAGAGGAGUAAUGCAGUUAGCCCAACUAUUGCAUUGGAAACUGCAACUGCUUUGCAGAUGAAGAUUGAGAAAGUGACUCGCAGAGCACAAGAGCAAUUUCAAAUGGUCUUGGAAGAACAAAGCAGAUUUGCUCUUGACAUUGAUCUUGAUGCUCCAAAGGUUAGAGUUCCUAUAAGGACCUCUAGCUCUUCCAGAUGUGAUAGCUAUUUUUUCUUGGAUUUUGGUCAUUUUACUCUCCACACCAUGGGAGGCCAGUCUGAGGAACAUAAGCAGAAUAUUUAUUCUCGUUUCUACAUAUCUGGAAGAGAUAUUGCUGCUUUUUUCACAGAUGGUAAUUCUGACAGUCAGCAGUGGACUUCGAUUGUGGCACUGGAUAAUAGUCAACCGUAUGUAUCUCCUACGAUUGCAAAAGUUGAUAGUUUCUAUUCUCUCAUCGAUAGGUGUGGAAUGGCUGUAAUUGUUGAUCAGAUAAAAGUUCCUCAUCCAAGUUAUCCAUCGACUCGUGUUUCUGUUCAAGUGCCAAAUCUUGGUGUUCACUUUUCACCUGAGCGAUAUCUCCGACUCAUGGAAUUGUUAAACAUACUACAAGGUAGAAUGGAAACUUGUGGUCAGCCUUCUGUUGAUAAUUUCCAAGCCGAACUAGCCCCUUGGAGUCCUGCUGAUCUUGCUAGUGAUGCUAGCAUUCUAGUAUGGACGGGGAUUGGAAAUUCUGUUGCUACGUGGCAACCCUGUUUUCUUGUCUUAUCUGGUUUAUAUCUCUAUGUCUUGGAAUCUGAAAAGUCCCAGAGCUACCAGCGAUACUUGAGUAUGGCUGGUAGGCAUGUGUUUGAGGUUCCACCAACAAAUAUUGGUGGUUCACCAUUUUGUAUUGCUGUAAGUUUCAGAGGAACGGAUAGUCAGAAGGCUCUGGAAUCUUCUAGUACCUUGAUUAUAAAGUUUCGGGAGGACAGGGAGAAGGAAACUUGGCUGAAAGAACUUAUGCGUGCCACAUAUCAAGCCUCCGCUCCUCCAACAGAUGAUGUACUUCCAGAAAAAAUUGAUGCUGUAGCUGAGUUUAAUGAACACCAGACAAUAAAUUUGAAAACAGCAGACCUUGUCAUUGAUGGGGCACUGGUGGAAACAAAGUUAUUUAUAUAUGGAAAGAAUGGAGACAAAGUAGAUGAAAAACUUGGAGAGACUUUAAUGCUCGAGGUUCUAGCUGAUGGGGGAAAGGUGCACUUAAUUAGUUUGGAUGGUGAUCUAGGGGUCAAGAUGAAGCUGCACUCUUUGAAAAUUAAAGAUGAGCUUCAAGAUCGUCAAUCUGCAAAUCCACAGUACUUAGCGCGUUCUGUGCUGAAGAAGGAUAAUUUACUUACUGCUCAUGGCACUUGUAAUACCCCUGUGAAGCAUAUGUCUGUUGUACAUACAGAGGAGGACGAUGCUUUUACAGAUGCUUUGCAAGAAUUUCUAUCUGUAACAGAUACAGAUAUUUAUUCACCAAAAGUGGAUACAUCUCAGAGUAGCAUGAUUGAUGGAAUGAAUUAUUCUGGUGAAUUUGAGUCUGCUGAAGCCUUAAUUCAUGAAAAUGAUAUAAUUCAAGGAAAGAGCUUUUCUAGUGAGAUAUUUUAUGAGGCACAAGGUGGUGAGAGUUUGGAUUUUGUGUCUGUUGCCUUCUCAAUAAGGAGUUCCAGUUCUCCUGAUUAUCGUGGAAUAGAUAUGCAGAAAGAAGAAAAUGGGCGUGUAAAGGGGUUGCUGGGUUAUGGUAAAGAUCGUGUGGUGUUUUAUUUAACCAUGAAUGUUGAUAGUGUGUCUGUGUUUUUGAACAAGGAGGAUGGUUCUCAACUUGCUAUGUUUGUGCAAGAAAGCUUCCUAUUAGACCUUAAGGUCUAUCCAAGUUCCAUUUCUAUUGAAGGAACAUUGGGAAAUUUCAGACGUGAUAUGUCUCUUGGUGCAGAUCUGUGGGGUUGGCUUUGUGAUAUACGCAAUCCUGUUGAAUCCCUUAUCAAGUUCAAAUUUGACUCUUAAAUGCUGGAGAUGACGUAUGAAGGAUAUGACUGAUUGUCUGGUCGGCUUUCAGGUGUUCGCAUUGUUUUCCUCUAUAGUUUUGUCCAGGAGGUAAUUGCUUACUUCAUGGAACUUGCUACCCCACAUUCUGAAGAAGUUAUAACUUUGUUGAUAAAGUUAGGCUUUGAGUGGUUAUUAAAAUAUGAGAUGGAUGGAGCUACUGCAUAGCUGGACCUCUCGCUUGACACUCCUAUAAUUAUUGUUCCUAGAUUCAUUGGCAAAGAUUUCAUUCAACUUGAUGGGCCACCUAAGGUGACAAAUGAAAUAAAUUGGCAUGGAAGCUCAGAGAAGGAUCCUUCAGCUGUCCAUAUUGAUGUUCUUCAUGCUGAGAUUAUGGGGAUCAACAUGUCUGUAGAUCAUGGUUCUGUAGGUAAACCGAUGAUACAGGAUGGCAAGACUGAUAUUUUUGUUCGUCGGAGUUUGAGGGAUGUUUUCAGGAAAGUUCCAACAUUUUCUCUCGAAGUUAAAGUGGGGUUAUUGCAUGGUGUGAUGUCUGACAAAGAAUAUGAUGUUAUUUUAAAUUGUACAUUUAGGAAUUUAAAUGAAGCGCCCAAUCUUCCUCCGUUUUCGUGGCAGCAAAUCUGAUUCCAUGACACAUGCGCUUGUUGGUCGAUAAGUCAUUUGAAUAGUCAGAUGCUACUGUCCCAUAGUGUUACCAUAAUAGCAGUUAAGUUGACUAUGCCUCUUGGACUGUGCACUGGCAUUAUUGAGGAGUCACCUUUAGCUCAUGUUGCUCUGGAAGGACUUUGGGUCUAUCGGAUGACUUCAUCAUCUGAAAUAGAUCCUAUGUUACAUUCCUAAGUUUUCAUCAUGGACACGCCUAGUACAAAACCUGAAAUGCGUCUGAUGCUUGGAUCAUCCACUGAUGCUUCCAAGCCACCUUCUAGCGAAAAUCACCCUUUUUUCUUAAAUGAGAAGUUUUAAGAGACCAAUUCUGAAGUUGGCCUGGACAUAGAUGUACCGGUUUCGACAAUGUUGAUGGACUACAGAUGGCGAGCGUCUCUCGUCAUAUGUGGUUCGGGUUCAGCACCUCGUGUCCUGGUUGUUCCAGAUUUCUACGCCUGUUGGUGAGUUUUUUGUCCAGCUUUGGGAGCAAUACUGAAGAGUGAAACAAUGGAUCCUAAGAUACCCUAAAGUAGAAACAAUAGCAUAGUACUCUCUGGACCUGUUUACACGCAGAGUGAAGAUGUGGUGCAUUUGUCUCCUGGUAGACAGUUAAUCGCUGAUGGUUGUGUGGAUGAAUAUACAUAUGAUGGUUGUGGAAAGAUUAUCUGUUUAAGUGAGAAGAAACAUAUGAAGGAUUUCCUUAGCAAAUAUCGACCAAUUAUAAUCAUUGGACGUGGCAAGAGAUUGCGGUUUAAAUGUCAAAAUUGAGGCACGCCUUUUGAGAAGUAUGCAUACUUGAGUAAUGAUAGCAGCUACUCGGUUCAUAGAGAUGGUGUUGACAUUUUGGUUCUGGAUAAUUUGUCAUCUGAUGAUGACAGAGAUCUGGAUCACGUGUAUGAAUUUUCUGAUACCUCUAAUGUGUCUUCACAUUCCCAAAGUGAUUCAGAUGUGAUCCAAAGUUUGACUUUUGAAGCUCAGGUGGUUUCUCCGGAGUUAAUUUUCUAUGAUGGUACAAAGUCUUAUCUGGAUGAUUCCUCGUACUGUGAAAAGCUUCUACGUGCUAAAAUGGAUGUGAGCUUCAUGUUUGCAUCAAAAGAAAAUGAUACUUGGAUUCGUGCCCUUGUGAAGGAUUUGACUGUUGAGGCUGGUUCUGGUCUGAUCAUUCUCGAGCCGGUGGAUAUUUCUUGUGGAUACACUUCUGUUAAAAAGAAAACGAAUAUGUCUCUGAUAUCAACUGAUGUAUGUAUCCAUCUUUCUUUGAGUGCCCUUUCUCUUCUACUUAAUCUGCAUAGUCAGGCGGCCACAGCUUUACAAUUUGGAAAUGCGGUUCCCCUGGCUUCAUGUACCAACUUCGACCAGAUCUGGAUGUCUCAGAAAGAAAAUGGGUCGAUUAACAACCUUACUGUAUGGAGGCCUGAAGCUCCAUCAAAUUAUGUUAUACUGGGAGAUUGUGUGACGUCAAGGUCUAUUCCUCCUUCACAUGCAGUAAUGGCGGUCAGUAAUACAUAUGGACGUGUGCGUAAACCAAUUGGUUUUAAUUUCAUUGGCUUGCUCUCUGGUGUUCGAGGAAUAGAAGGUCAUUCUGAUGCUAAUUAUGACUGUUCACUUUGGAUGCCUGUUGCACCACCUGGAUACACUGCAAUGGGCUGUGUGGCAAAUAUUGGAGACCACCCACCCUUGAAUCACAUUGUGUAUUGUCUACGUUCUGACCUUGUCACAUCCACAACAUUUUCAGAAUGCAUAUUUAGUGCCCCAUCAAAUCCUAGAUUCACAUCUGGAUUUAGCAUCUGGCGCAUGGACAAUGUUCUUGGAUCAUUUUAUGCACAUUCUUCAACUGAAUGCCCUUCCAAAGGCAUUAGCUGUGACCUGAAUCAUCUUCUUCUUUGGAAUUCAAUUCAAUCGCAUUUGCCUACUGAAGCAUCUGCAUCAGGUGAUUCAGGUCUACCUGAUGAUCAGGAACAUGGGCGUCAGCAAACGAGUACUGAUGGUGCAAAUUCAUCUGGUUGGGAUGUCGUUAGGUCAAUUUCGAAAGCAACUAGUUGUUACAUGUCAACCCCUCAUUUUGAAAGAAUCUGGUGGGACAAAGGUAGUGAGAUACGCAGGCCAAUCUCAAUUUGGCGACCUAUAACACGCACUGGCUAUGCUAUACUGGGGGAUUGCGUAACUGAAGGCUUAGAACCACCUAAUCUGGGGAUAAUUUUUAAGUCUGGCAAUCCUGAAAUCUCUGCAAAGCCUGUGCAGUUUACUAAAGUUGCCCAUAUUGUUGGGAGAGGCUUUGAUGAUGCUUUUUUCUGGUACCCAAUUGCCCCUCCUGGUUAUGCUUCUCUAGGAUGUGUAGUCUCCAGAACAGAUAAGGCACCAAGCAUUGAUUUAGUUUGCUGCCCAAGGAUGGAUAUUGUUAACCAAGCUAAUAUACUUGAGGUGCCCAUUUCAAGAUCUUCAAGCUCUAAGGCAUCUCAGUGUUGGAGCAUUUGGAAAGUUGAAAAUCAGGCCUGUACUUUUCUUGCACGUUCGGAUCUGAAAAAACCAUCAAGCCGGCUGGCUUACACUAUUUGUGAUUCUGUGAAGCCAAAAACACGAGAAAACGUAACUGCUGAGGUGAAGCUGAGACGCUUCUCUCUAACUGUUCUGGAUAGCUUGUGUGGAAUGAUGACACCUCUGUUUGACACAACAAUCACCAAUAUAAGGCUUGCAACGCAUGGUCGGGCGGAGGCAAUGAAUGCUGCAUUGAUUUGUUCAAUUGCUGCUUCAACCUUCAACACACAGUUGGAAGCAUGGGAGCCAUUGGUGGAGUCAUUUGAUGGAAUAUUCAAGUUUGAAACAUAUGACACCAGUGUACAUCCACCUUCUAGUCUAGGGAAGAGAGUGCGUGUUGCUGCAACCAAUAUUCUUAAUAUAAAUGUCAGUGCUGCAAAUGUUGAAACUUUUGUGGAGACCAUUCUUUCAUGGAGAAGACAGCUAGAAUUUGAACAGAAAACCAUCAAAUUACAUGAGGAGACUGGUAGUCAUUUUAGAUGUGGAGAGGACACUACCGUCUCAGCACUUGAUGUCGAUGAUUUCAAGACUGUAAUAGUAGAAAAUAAACUUGGGUGUGAUAUUUAUCUGAAAAAGGUUGAAGAAGAUCCAGACACAGUUGCCCAACUACAUCAUGGUGAUUGUGCAUCUGUCUGUAUUCCACCUCCAAGGUUUUCAGACAGGUUAAAUGUUGUGGAUGAAUCGAGGGAAGCACGCUAUUACAUUGUUCUACAGAUUAUUGAGGCCAAGGGUUUACCCAUAAAUGAUGAUGGUAACAGUCAUCACUUCUUCUGUGCUUUGCGCUUGGUUGUUGAUAGCCAGGUGUCAGAUCAGCAAAAGCUUUUCCCUCAGAGUGCAAGGACAAAAUGUGUGAAGCCUAUAGUUUCAGAAUUCAAUGGUCUAGUUGAAGGCACAGCCAAGUGGAAUGAGCUUUUCAUAUUUGAAGUUCCUCGGAAGGGGCUGGCUAAGUUAGAAGUGGAGGUGACAAACCUUGCAGCAAAAGCUGGGAAAGGUGAAGUUGUUGGUGCUCUCUCCUUUCCUGUUGGGCAUGGUGCUAAUACGUUAAAGAAGGUAGGGUCUGUGAGGAUGCUGAAUCAAGCAUAUGAUGUUCAGGAUAUUGUAUCUUAUUCACUGAGGAGAAAGGCUCAGCCCAAUAAUGAUGAAGACAUCCAGGACUAUGGACACUUGUUUGUUUCCAAUUCUUAUUUCGAGAGGAAUACAAUAGCAAGCUUGCAAAGGGAUGUUGGUAGUGAGAGUCAUACAGAUAGAGAAGUAGGCUUUUGGGUUGGUCUCCGCCCUGAUGCUGCUAUGAAGAGCAUUAGGUCAUUGCUUCCAUUAUCUGUAGUUCCUAAAUCAUUUGAUAAUGAGUUUAUUGCUAUGGAAGUUACAAUGAAGAAUGGAAAGAAACAUGCAAUUUUCAGGGGACUUGUCACUGUUGCAAAUGAUUCAAAUGUCAAAUUGGGGAUAUCUGUAUGUCAUAUUUCUUUUGUUAACGAUAAGAAUAAAUCUUUGGGAACAAGCAGUGGUAAUGUAAGUGUGGAAGAGAUCUUUGAAAAUCAAUAUUAUCAACCAAAUUCUGGCUGGGGUGACAAGAGGUCUGGCUCUCAUAAUAAUGGUCCAGGGCGUUGGAGCACCAACUUCUCAUAUUCAUCAAAUGAAUUUUUCGAACCUCCCCUUCCCCCUGGAUGGCGGUGGACAUCAGCAUGGACUGUUGCUAAAUCCCAGUUUGUUGAUGAUGAUGGCUGGGCAUAUGGUCCUGACUAUCAAAGUCUGAAAUGGCCUCCAACCUCUGCCAAGUCACAUAUGAAAUCAGCUUAUGAUGUUAUGCGGCGAAGGCGUUGGAUCCGUACCAGACAAGUAGUCACUGAUCGAGGUGGAAGUAACACGGAGGGUGAUUUUAUUAUCUUAACUCCUGGAUCUUCUGCUGUUUUACCGUGGAGAUUUACAUUUAAGGAUUCGGAUCAGUGUUUACAAAUUCUUCCUGUUGUUGAUAAUGAGUCCUCAUAUACAUGGGGUCGUGCUGUUGCUAUUGGUUCCAACUUUGCUUUUGGAAAGGACCAGGCUUUAGUGGAUCAAGUUUCACUCUACAGACAAAGUACAUUGAAACAAGGAAACAAAUUGUCUAAUCUCACUUUCAAGUUGAACCAACUCGAGAAGAAGGAUUUACUUUUUUGCUGUUCACCUACUACUGGAAAUAAACAAAUUUGGCUAAGUGUGGGUGCAGAUGCCUCUGUUCUUCACACUGAACUGAAUACUCCAGUAUAUGACUGGAGAAUAUCUAUGAACUCUCCUUUGAAGCUGGAAAACCGGCUUCCUUGUCCAGCUGAAUUUACAGUCUGGGAAAAAACAAAAGAAGGGCAUUACAUUGAAAGACAGCAGGGCAUAAUCUCUUCACGCAGGAGUGCACAUAUAUAUUCAGCAGAUGUCCAGAGACCUCUAUAUCUUACAUUGUUUGUUCAGGGUGGUUGGGUCCUCGAAAAGGACCCUGUUCUUGUUUUGGAUCUUUCUUCAAAUGUGAACACAUCAUCAUUCUGGAUGUUCCACCAGCAAAGUAAAAGGAGAUUGCGUGUGAAUAUUGAAAGUGACAUGGGGGGAUCCACUGUUGCACCCAAAACCAUAAAGUUCUUUGUUCCAUAUUGGAUUAUUAAUGAUUCAUCUCUGCCUUUGGCAUACCGAGUUGUGGAAAUUGAAUCUUCUGACAAUGCAGAGAUGGAUUCUAAUUCACUCUCUAGAGCUGUUAAGUCAGCAAGAACAGCUUUGAAAAAUCCUACAUACUCAAUGGAUAGGAGACAGUCUGGCUCUAGAAGAAACAUUCAAGUAGUUGAAGUUAUUGAGGACACUAGUCCAGUACCUAGCAUGCUUUCUCCACAAGACUCUGCAGGUCGCAGUGGUGUUAUGCUUUUUUCAUCUCAGAAAGAUGCAUAUGUAUCCCCGAGGGUGGGCAUUGCUGUUGCUAUUCGCAGCUCUGAAAUUUACAGUCCUGGGAUUUCUCUUCUUGAGCUGGAAAAGAAGGAACGAGUUGAUGUCACGGCAUGCAGUUCAGAUGGAUCUUAUUACAAACUUUCAGCUACAUUGAACAUGACCUCAGAUAGAACUAAGGUUGUUCAUUUUCAGCCACAGACCUUAUUUAUUAACAGGGUUGGUCUUAGUCUCUGCCUGCAACAGUGUGAUUCUCAGUUUGUGGAAUGGAUUCAUCCUACCGAUCCUCCAAAGCCCUUUAGAUGGCAUUUUUCUGCCAAAGUUGAGUUGUUGAAGUUGCGUGUGGGUGGAUAUAAAUGGAGCACACCUUUUAGUGUAAGUAAUGAAGGUGCUAUGCGCAUUUCUUUAAAAUCAGAUACUGGAAGUGAUCAAUUGCAGCUUAGGGUUGCGGUUAGAGGUGGAACAAAGAGCUCACGCUAUGAAGUUAUUUUUCGUUUGAAUUCCUUUUCAAGCCCUUACAGGAUUGAAAAUUGUUCCAUGUUUCUACCUAUUCGUUUUCGGCAAGUUGAUGGUACCAGUGAUUCAUGGCAGUUUCUUCUUCCUAAUGCUGCUGCUUCUUUUCUAUGGGAAGACCUUGGUAGACGACAUUUGCUGGAACUUCUGGUUGAUGGAGCUGACCCAUCAAAGUCAGAUAAGUAUGACAUUGAUGAGAUUUUUGAUCACCAGCCCAUUAUGGGGGCUGGUGGCCCUGCUACAGCUCUACGUGUUACCAUUCUGAAAGAAGAGAGGACAAAUGUUGUUAAGAUCACUGAUUGGAUGCCAGAAAAUGAACCAGCAGCAAUCAUGAGUAGAAGAAUCCAAUCACCACUGCCUAAAGUAUCUGGAAAUGACUCUCAAAAUCAAGAGUCACUGUCCUCCUCAGAUUGUGAAUUUCAUGUCGUUGUUGAGCUGGCUGAGCUUGGAAUAUCCAUUGUGGACCAUACACCUGAAGAGAUAUUAUACCUGUCAGUACAGAAUGUCCUUCUAGCUUAUUCAACUGGCUUGGGGUCUGGAUUUAGUAGGUUCAAAUUGAGAAUGCACGGAAUACAAGUGGAUAACCAGUUACCGUUGACUCUGAUGCCAGUUCUUUUCCGGCCGCAAAGAGCUGUGGAUGAGACUGAUAAUAUAUUGAAAUUUUCGUUCAGUCAGCAGACAAAUGGAUCUUUAGAUUUAUGUGUCUAUCCAUAUAUUGGUUUUUAUGGACCUGAAAAUUGUGCCUUUCUGGUAAACAUUCACGAACCUGUUAUUUGGCGUCUUCAUGAGAUGAUCCAGCAGGUGAAUAUUCAUAGGUUAUAUGAUACUGGAAGAACUGCAGUUUCAGUUGAUCCAUUCAUUCAAAUCGGUGUGCUUAAUAUCUCUGAAAUUCGAUUCAAAGUGUCAAUGACAAUGUCACCUACUCAACGACCAAGAGGAGUACUUGGGUUUUGGUCAUCCCUAAUGACUGCAUUGGGUAACACUGAAAAUAUGCCUGUCAGGAUAAAUCAAAGAUUUCAUGAGAAUGUGUGCAUGAGGCAGAGUACUAUGACUAGUAAUGCAAUAGCAAAUAUUAGAAAGGAUCUUCUUGGCCAACCUCUGCAAAUUCUCUCAGGCCUUGAUAUAUUGGGAAAUGCAAGCAGUGCACUUGGACAUAUGAGUAAAGGUGUGGCUGCCCUAUCAAUGGACAAGAAGUUCAUCCAGAACAGACAGAGACAGGAGAGCAAAGGUGUAGAGGACUUUGGUGAUGUUAUCAGAGAGGGAGGUGGUGCCUUAGCAAAGGGCCUAUUCAGAGGUGUUACUGGCAUAUUAACAAAGCCUCUUGAAGGGGCAAAAUCUUCUGGUGUUGAGGGUUUUGUUCAGGGUGUUGGUAAAGGAAUAAUAGGUGCAGCUGCCCAACCAGUUAGUGGGGUGCUUGAUCUUCUGUCAAAAACUACUGAAGGUGCAAAUGCUAUGAGAAUGAAGAUAUCAUCUGCUAUAGCUUCAGAUGAACAACUUCUACGCAGGAGACUGCCACGUGUAAUUGGUGGUGAUAAUUUGCUUCGUCCAUAUGAUGAGUACAAAGCACAAGGGCAGGUUAUACUGCAAUUGGCUGAAUCAGGUUCAUUUUUUGGGCAAGUUGAUCUUUUUAAAGUACGUGGAAAGUUUGCCUUAUCAGAUGCUUAUGAAGAUCACUUUAUACUGCCCAAAGGAAAGAUCCUUAUGAUCACACAUCGCAGAGUUAUACUGUUGCAGCAACCCGCCAACAUCAUUGCUCAAAGAAAGUUUAGCCCUGCAAGGGAUCCAUGUUCUAUUUUGUGGGAUGUACUGUGGGAUGACCUCGUAACAAUGGAAUUGACUCAUGGAAAAAAUGAAAAUCCAAAAGCUUUGCCUUCUAGGGUUGCACUUUAUCUACACAUCAAGUCAACAGAAGCAAAGGAACAAGUUCGUGUUAUAAAAUGCAGCAGUGAGACCCAUCAGGCACUGGAAGUUUACUCUUCAAUUGAGCGAGCGAGGGACACCUAUGGGAAUAAUCUUUCUAAGGAGAUGCUGAAAAAGAAAGUGAUGAAACCAUAUGCACCACUUGGCAGUGGCAACAGUGCGGAAGUAAAUCCAAAAGAAGGGGUUUCCAUUUGGUCUCCUCAACAGGUGCCUGCAUCAGUUCCUUUCAGUUCGUCUUUUGGCAGCAGCAGUGGUUGAUUUGGAUAACUCAUUGCCCAUGGAGAAAUAUGGUUCAUGGCUUUCUGCUACCUUCAGGUCAUACAUACCAUUUUGCUGGGAAGUGAAAAAUCUUUGCUCCUCAUGCCCCCCUGCAAUUUGAAAGGUAUGACUUCGAUGUCUGUUUUCAUACCACUGUGCAAAUGGUCUUCUCUCCUUGGUAUUUUUGUUUUCCUUGGUGAGAAACUUAAUAUAUAAUAACUUCAUCGCAAUUCUGCCUUAUAUUUCUUCUGCCAUAUCUAAGAGUUUCUGUCACAUUAUCAGAAAUAAUUUGCAGGUGAAAACAAGAGUUUCCCUCAUAAGAUUGCUCAUCGCCUGCUAACUUUGAAUAUAAAUAGAAUGAAACUCAUAAAAUCAGUUACCGGUAUUGGCACAGACUGUACAGCUUGUUAAUAUUUUUGUACAUGUCUAUAGUAAACAUAUAUAGAUUUCGAAAUACGUUGACAAGUCGUGGGCUUGAUACGGGUUAGUUAAUUUACCAUAUGAUAUGAUGUAUUUUUUUUCUUGGUUAGUAGAAAUAAAAUAUAUAAAAAUUUUGCAAAUUUGAUUAUGACUGUAUUAUGACUCCGAAAUAGCUUCAUGACUUGGUGGUAACUAUAAGGAGGAUUAGUUACAUAUGCAAACUGAUUGGCAUACUAUUGAGCCAUUUUUAUCUGAGUAUUUAUUAAAGAUAAACUACGAAAAUUAAUUUUAUGCCAUGUUUGAGCAGUG